GCGUGCGCAGUGCGGCGCCGCGCCCAGCCCCUCCCCCCGCAGUGGGUGCGCGCGCGGCGGCGGCGCGGGAGGAUGCGGGGCCGCAGCUAAGGCGGCGACGCGGGCAGCGGCGAGGAUGGAGGCGCCCCUGGUGAGCCUGGAGGAGGAGUUCGAGGAGGGCCCCGGCAGCGGGGGCGGCGGCGGGGGGCCCCCGCGGGGCCCCGCGGACCCGGCGCUGGCCGAGCUGGAGAGCUUCUCAGCCGAGAUGAUGAGCUUCAAGUCGAUGGAGGACCUGGUGCAGGAGUUCGACGAGAAGCUCACCGUCUGCUUCCGCAACUACGACGCCGCCACCGAGGCGCUGGCCCCCGUGCGGGGCCGUCUGCAGGCCCAGGAGGAGGAGGAGCGCCUCCAGGACGAGGAGGUCUGGGACGCCCUUACUGACAGCUUUGCCCCCCACGGCUCCCCCCGGCACUGGCUGCUUCCCGACACCGAGGCCCCUGAUGAUGCUGACCCCCAGCACACGCCACGAAUAGCCACGGUUGGGGUUGCGGGAGGGCAGCGAAACCGCCCCAAAAGGCACCGAAUUGAGCCCGUUGGGAUGUUCCCGAGUCCAUCGCGAAUCGGGGCAGAAAAGCUCUCCGGGAAGGAGGAGGAGGAGGAGGAGGAUGACGAGGAGGAAGAGCUCACUGAGAGGAGCGAGCACGACUCCGGCAUCAACGAGGAGCCACUGCUGACAGCGGAGCAGGUCAUCGAGGAGCUGGAGGAGCUGAUGCAGAGUUCACCCGACCCUGAGGCCGACCCUGAGGCCGAAGACGAGGAGGAGGAGGAGGCCGAGGCCGAGCUGGCGGGCGACGGCGGGGGCACGGAGCCCAUCCUGCUGCGGGAGCUGCGCGCCUUCUCUCCCGCUUUCAACAACAACUGCUCCCACGAAGGCCUGGGGCGGCUGUCGGCGGCGGAGCUGGCGGCGGCGGCGGGGCGGGCGGAGGCGGCGAGCCGGGCGCUCUCGGCGGAGCUGGUGGCGCAGCUGGCGCGCCGCGACGAGCUGGCCUUCGAGAAGGAGGUGAAGACGGCGUUCAUCGGGGCGCUGCUGGCCGUGCAGGGCGAGCAGCGGGAGCAGCGCGAGGCCGCCCGCCGCCGCCGCCGCGACAAGGGGCUCAGCCUGCAGGGCGGACGCCCCGAGCGCGGCCCGCACAUGCCCCGCAAGCGCUUCAGCAUGGAGGGCAUCUCCAGCAUCCUGCAGACGGGCAUCCGGCACACCUUCGGCUCCGGCACCGCCGACAAGCAGUACCUGAACACGGUGAUCCCCUACGAGAAGAAGGGCUCGCCGCCCUCCGUUGAGGACCUGCAGAUGCUCACCAACAUCCUCUUCGCCAUGAAGGAGGGGAACGAGAAGGUGCCCACCUUGCUGACGGACUACAUCCUCAAAGUGCUCUGCCCGACCUGACGCGGCGCUGCCGAAACCGGGGCCAAACCCGAGGGAAAAGGGGCCCCCGCCGCCCCCCCCCCCCGCGCCCCCUCCCCCCUCACACUGCCGGGAAAGAAAUAAAUUAAGUCGUUUCAUUAAUUAA